AUGGCGAGGAGACGUACUAAGAAGCGAACUCAACCACUAGCCAAGAAUGGCCCGGCGAAUUCGAAGAAUAGCGCAUCGGCCAUGAACGGUUCGCCGAAGUCGAUGGUUAUUCGGAUUGGAGCCAGCGAAGUUGGAUCAAGUGUCAGUCAAUUGGCCAAAGACUUCCGUCUGAUGAUGGAGCCUGAUACAGCGAGCCGUCUGAAAGAACGAAGAGCGAACAAAUUGAAAGACUAUGUUGUCAUGGCAGGGCCACUGGGUGUCACGCAUUUGAUCAUGUUCUCUAGGUCAAGCACUGGAAAUACGAACAUGCGUCUUGCUCUCACUCCACGGGGCCCAACUUUCCAUUUCAAGGUGGAGGAGUAUUCGCUGUGCAAAGACGUUGCAAAGGCACUCAAACAUCCUCGCGGUGGUGGACAGGAUCACCGAACGCCCCCUCUAUUAGUUAUGAAUAAUUUCAAUACCCCUGACGCCGACGAAAGCUCCAAGAUACCCAAACGCCUCGAAUCUCUUGCAACGACUGUUUUCCAAUCAUUAUUCCCUCCCAUCAAUCCUCAGGCUACCCCUCUGAAUUCGAUCCGCCGCGUGAUGAUGCUGAAUAGAGAGAAGUCUGAAGACGAUGCAUAUAUUAUAAAACUCCGCCACUACGCAAUCACGACGAGAAAGACGGGCGUUCCAAAGAGGAUUCGCCGGCUCGACCCGACAGUACAGCGACACAAAGACCCAAAGAAGAGCUUGCCUAACUUGGGAAAACUAGAGGAUGUUGCUGACUACCUCCUCGAUCCCGCUGCUGGCGGCUACACAUCUGCUAGCGAGACCGAGUUGGAUACGGAUGCGGAGGUUGAAGUUACCGAAAACGUGACCAAGAAAGUGCUCAAUCGACGCGAACUACAACGGUUGAGAGCAGGUGAAAAGCCAGCAGAGAACCAGACCGGCAAGACGAAUGUUGAGAAGAGGGCCGUCAAGUUGGUCGAGCUGGGUCCUCGUAUGACCCUGAGGUUGAAAAAAGUCGAAGAAGGACUCUGUGGUGGAAGAGUCAUGUGGCAUGACUUCAUAUCCAAGUCGGAAAAAGAGACCAAAAGGAUGGACGACGAAUGGAACCGGAAGAGGAAAGAAAAAGAAGAGCGCAAAAAGCAACAGAAGGCAAACAUUGAGAAGAAAAAGCAGGACAAGGCCAAGGCGAAGGGUAAUGGGCAGGAUGGAGAAAAUGCAGAUGAUGACGACGUCAGCAUGGACGACGAUUAUGAAUGGGACAGCGACGAAUUUGACGAAGAAGCUGGCGUUGAGGAGGACGGCGAAGAUGAUGAUGAAUCUAUGGAAGAAUAG